AAAAGGAAGCAGGAAGAAGACAGGAGAGUGGACAGACCACUGAAUAAGCAGACUGAUGGAGGAUACGGAGGGACAGCACGGGGAGGGAUGGCCGGUGCUGCCUCCUGUUUACACUCAAGCUGCUGCGACUUACUGGGUGAGUCUGUCCUUCUCUGCAGUCUCAUACCAGAAAAAAACAAACAAACUGGCUAAAAAUGAGGAUGUGAGGGAGCAGACAUGCAGGCAGAUGGAUGAUACCGGUGGAUUUAAAGGGGCAGUGCAGUCAUCCUUGCAGGUUAAAUGUUAUAUUUAGGGGUUAAGACAGGCUCUCAAACCUUAAUAUCUCUGGUUGUUUGGCUUUGUAUACUCUCUGUUAGCAUUUAUGUCUCGUAUGACUCAGAUAAAUUACAGACACUCACAGUCCCCUCUUUCUUUUCUGCUGUUUCAGUCAAGCGUGAUGGUUAAAACUCCAUUUAUUCCUGGGUCUGACUGUAUUAGAAAACCACAAUGAAUUAAAUCUCUGCUUACAAUGAUGCUAUUCAUUCUAGUGUAUAAUGCAUACAGGGACACACCCACACACUCACAUACACUUGCACACAGACUCACUUUUGUUUCAGAUAUAGAAUUUAAGACAUGCUCAAAAGUAAAUCAGAAGAUUAGAGAAGAAUUCAGACACCCAUUUCUAAAAGAAAGCAUGUCAAAGCAUCAGUGGACAGAAUAUCUAAUGAACAACAAUGACAGAUAACAUCCUGAACGUGUCCUCAGAAUUUCUGCGCCCUGUAUGCCAUUAACAUUGCAACAGCAAUCAUUACAGCUUCCAUAAACAAGAUAAAGAAGGGUACCCUCUCUAAAAGUGAUUAAAGGUGACGCAUGAGUGAAAGAAAUGAUGAAGCAGAUUGUGAAAUAAAUCAAUUUUCCUCCCAACAAUAUGGCCUGUUAGGUCUGAUUCAAAGCUUUGAACGAUUGAGGUUAAAAGCUUGCAACUAUUUUUAGCAAAACUUUGCAGGUUUCAAUGUUCAGACACAGUAACCAUGUCUGGGCUAGCAAUGUCUUUUAUCGCUGACAGGAAAGAAAUGAAAACUACUUAUUCAUUAAGGGAAUAUCUUGAAGUCACUUCAAAUGAAGAUACUUCAUUGAGAUUCAUUUAUGUAGCCAAUCAGGGCUUUGACUCUGAAAUAAUGUAUAAUUAUAAAAUAAUUAUAAAGUAAUGAAAUAAUGUAUUUCGUUUUUUUCCAUGUUUCCUUAUUUUAAUUGACUGGCAGAAACUUGUGUAAAGAUUUAAAGAUAAUCCACAGCUAGCUUCAUACUUCAAUGCAGCAUGAGUAUCUCAGUCGCUCAUCCCUCAAAAGGAUGGUUGGCAGCACCUGUAUUUACAUGUUCACCCCCAAAUUUGACCUGUCAGAGGAAUUCUUUAAAACUGACAGAUUUUAACCCAGUCUGAACUUACUUCUGCACUGUCACACAACUAAAAGAGACCCUUGACUCCCAAAAGCCUACAUACAGACUAACCUUAACUCCUAAAGGCCUACAGAAAAGAUGACCGUCCACAUCUAACUAGCAAGCUGCAAACCUGCAAAUUCUUUUAGCCUAUCAGAUGCACAAUAUACAAACAUUUAAAAAGCAGGUAAAGAUUUGUUGAAUUUUAAGGGUUUGAUGGUCUGUGGUUUAAAACGACUAAGCAACAAUGUCCAGCAGUGUUCGACUUAGUAACUUAGUGAAGGAAUUUAUAAUCUGUAAAGAAGCUCCUCUUUCAAACUGUAGUAUAGUAGGUCAGAUUUAAAGAGGUGAAACUCAGAGGAUCAUAAUCAUUUUUUACCCAUAGAUCAGGGUCAUUACAUUGAUUGAUCAAUUCCAGUGAUCCCGUCUCUCUGUGUGUUUUUUCUGACCCAUGUUUGUCUCGGUGGGUUCAGCUUCACUCGUGUCUGACACAGGAGUGUUUCAGACACAUAUAGGUUGUUCCUCACACAGGUCACACUGAUAACAGAAGCAUUUCUUUGCUCAUUGCACCUCAGGUACAGCUUAUCUCCUGUUUACUAUGUAAUCCCCUCUCUCUACAGGGUGCAUUUAAACAGUACGACAUGCUGACAUAUGAGUCUACCCUGUGCUUAUUUUCACUUUGCAAGCACAAUCAGCGGCCCGGGCCACUUGCAGGGAUGAUAAACACUGUGAUUCUGUCAAAAAAUGACUUGACCUCACCUCCUGACCAGAGUAGCCUUUCUCUCUCUCUCUCUCACACACACAAAAAGACACAAACAAACACACAUGAUCAGACCCUCCCUCUCUGGGUCGACAAGCCAAUAGGAAACAGGGUAAGGGGGAGCAAAGGGCUGCUCUUUAUCUUACUAUUUAUCAAGAAGAGAUCACACUCACACUCACAUUUGCUGCCUGCCUGCAUGGAUGACAACAGUGGCUGAAAGAGACAGACAGACAGGCAGAGACAGAGACAGUGUUAGGACAGCAACCACAGCGCAGAUUUAUACAGUCUGUCACAUCAGAGACUUGAGGUCUUGUUGGUUCCUGAGGCCGUAACUCUGCAGGUGAGUCACUGAGUUGGUCUGAGUGGAUUAUGAUCGCCUUUUUAUCCUAAAUCAACUCAGAAAGCUUCGAUAGAAUAGAUUUAGUGGCAUUUUAGAGGCAGUUUCAGUGUAAUCACUAAUCGUCCUUCAAAGCCAUUGUAUUGACCUUACACUAACUUAAUGUGUGCUAAUGUUGUGGUCCAAUCAGGAGAUUAACAUUCAGUUUUUUUUUCUGACAUGAGAAUUUUGCCAAAAUUAAGAGUCAAAAGUGAGUUUUUUUUAGAGCGGAGAUGUGUCUGUCGGCCUACAUGAAAAACAGGCACCUGAGUGGGAUAUUGUGAAGAGUAAUUUCUGCCUCCACCCCUGAAUGGUACCUUUAGUUCUUUUUUUUUUUUUUUCGGCAGAUCAACUGAACACUUUCUCCUAGCUUUUGCAAAGUCAGUUCAACACAGAGAUGUGGGCAGUUAAUACCAACCUUUCAAUCACUGUGUUACAAAAUUGAAAUGAGAAAAGGUUUUGCUGACGUUUGUGCAAAUUUCAUGGAUUUUUCUUGGUUCAAGAAGCAGAACAUCUAGUCUCUUCAGUUGUGUCGUGUUAUCUUUAUUGUCGGGUUUUACUAUUGAAAGUCUACCAGGGCCCACACGUCAAGCAAGUGAGGCAGACUUGAACGUUAUCAACAAGUCAUGGUUUCACUUAAUAUACGCAGAGAUGGAUGAGGGUUGUGUUUUUAAAUUGGGACUUCAAAUUACUCAAAAGUUUCAGGAAGUUUAUGAAGACACACUUAGAAAAAAUCGACUGCUCAUUUUCACUUCUAUCCAGACAAACUCAAAAAACUCCUGCAAAGACUGAAAACACAGUGUUGUUUCAGUCAGGAGCCGACGUGCAGUUGUUUGCCCUUUCAGACUUCAACAUGACCGGAUAGAAAAGAUUUUAACUCUGCAUGAAGACACGCUCCCCCCCUCAAAGAAAGCUUUUCUUAUGCAUUUCUAAGCAGUGAUGGGGCGCUUUUAUAUCACAUGAUUAAAGGUGGAGAACAGUGAUUAGAAAUGGUUUGGGAGGGGGGCUUUAAUCAGUUGUUUUCAGUCUUAUUCAUGGUUGCCCAAAAGGUGGAUUUAAUGUUUCGGCUCUCAAAGGUCCCCAGUGUGACUCCAGUAAUGUUCAGCAGUUCAUCAAGUGUUUGUGUUGGAGAACUUCGUUUGGGUGGACAGUUUCAAUCUGUUGGAGGGGUCUUAAACAAAAGUAUGUUCCUGUGAUGCUUUAGAAAAUGUUUUUUUUUAUGUAUAUCUUGUGUUAAUGAAAUAAAGCAACACAACACAGUCAGGUCGGACUGAUGAAACAUCUCUGAUGUAAGUGAUCUGGUCUUUCAUUCUCCUUUAUCAGUUUAUGGGAGUUAUCAGCCCAGCCAGGAAGAAUAAAUCAGAGCUCAUGCCACUGUUGCUGUGAUGACAGAAGCUGAUAAAACAUCAUUUAGAGCGUUUUAUGGUUUCUGAGACAUAAUUAUCUCAGCUGAGACACGACUGAAAACAACUCACCUUGGAAGAAAAGCUUCCUUUUACCCACUGACCUCAAGCCACAUUCAUGAAGAUGUUUCUACCUUGAACUGUGAACAAAAGAAGAGAAAUUAAGAUAUUGUGAGUUAAUUUUUUAAAUUUAGUCAAUGAUGCACAUUUCAACAUGUGAUCGCUAAACUUCUGGGAUUACAGAGUAACAAGAAUAAGGCCUGGGUUAACUAAGGUGUAGUUAAAUAUCACUGGAACGAAAGUGAUUGCGGGAAAAAUAAUAGAUGAAAAGUGAUUGGUGUUGAACUAGCUAGAAAAGCAUACUAAAGUAUCGCCAAGCUGACAUGUGUAUAAGGCUUGUUCGAGCCCAAUAUGGAACAAUAACCCAAACUGUAACCAUGACCCGAAAUGUUUUAAAGAAUAACACUGAAAUAUAAUAACUGACCCAAAAUGUAACAAGCUGCUACAUUAUUGGCACAAAGUUAUCACAUUUUAUACUCAGCAUCUUGUUACAUUAUUGACCAGUUAUUAUUAUAGACUGUAUAUAGAAUGUCUGCCUCCUCACUGGGUGAAGCCACCAUGAGAACAGCACCCUCUUGUGACAGGUCGCAGUAAAGUCAUAAAUCCCGCCUCCUCCAGCAAUCCCUAUGGAGCUGUGGGGAAACUUUACAAGUUAAUUACACAGAAUAUGAAUGUUUCUCCCCCCUGUUGCGAUGUUGACAUGUAGUUACUGUCAGACUGGUUUGUGCUCAAGUCCUCUUUUUUCUGCAGGGGGUUCAUGUUUUCUAUGAUUGACACUUGAUACAGCCUAUGGGCAUAUGAAGACUGUGUAGCUAAACCGUGGAUACGCAGUUUAAGCUGAGCGUCAUCACAGCGACUCUCCCGCUGAUUGUUUACAACGCUACUGCUCAAGAAGUGGUUCCAGGAAGUGGAGUAAAUCAACAUUUUUAUAAUGACGGAAGGCGGAGCCAAGUUGUCGAUAGUAUAUACUGUCUAUGUUUGAAAAAGUCAUCUUCUGCACCACAUUCACCUUUUAACUUUAGUAUGCUGCUUUAAUAAUAUUGGCUGAGUGCAGUUUCUUCAAUUCAGUUAAAAUGUCAAGAAAAAUAAAUAAAUUAUAAAUCUUUAGUGGCAACGUCUGCAGAAAACUUGCGACACUUGUUCUCCCUUCAUCUUUGUGUUGGUUCACUUGUGUAAAAAGGUAAUAUAUUUGCAGUACACAUGGUUAUCAUGUAGAAAUGCAAUGCACAUCAGGGCCAGAGGUUUUAGAGUCUAGACUGUGACUCUGCAGUCAUCAAGACUGGUCAAGAAACUGUGAUUGGAUGAGAGGGUAUAGUUGAAGCAGAGCUAUAGCUUAGUAGAUGAUAGGUUUCCCAGGUUGCACAGUUAAACAGUCCAUGCCGAGAGUUUAUUUACUAACUUAUUUAGCUAGUUAUUAAGCCAAUAUAGCAAGCCAGGUAUCAUGUUGAGUUGACAUAAGGUUAUUACUUGCUCAGGAACAAAUAUAUAGACUAACCUCACACAAUACAGCGCAAAGAAAGUUGACAAAUGAGGAACCAUUGCUGUGGUUAGAUAUGCCACCAGUACAGACUGCCUCUCUCCAUCCCUUCUUUAACCCAAGAUUGAGGACGUGCUCCCGGGCAUCAGCGGCUGGCUGGUUAUCCAUAAAGACAUUUUCUUGGAUCUCCUAUCCAUCUUAAAAACAACUCUGACCUCAUUCAACCUCAUUCAGUCCCACUCUACCUAUCAGACCACAUCAGUCCAAAGGGGAUAGAUAACCGACAGAGCACUGCUAGGUGACUUAUGCCACAGGAAGGAGGCAGAUCAUCCAAUCACAACAACAAUACUGUCUGCAUUGUUGAACAUCAGUGAAUCAAAACUUGGUUUGUAUGUACUGGAGGGCCAAUUCAGAAGUUACACACUGAUAGUGAUACGUCCUUUUGAAGAAAACAGAGGCUUUGUUGUUGCUCAAACCUUAAUUUAACUAAAUUCUUUAAACUGAAGCCAGAUUAAAUCCAAACUGUUGCACAUUGCACUUUUAUACCAGGCAACAUUUACCUCUUACAAGAUCUGGUUUAAAUUCUCACAAGUACAAGAACAUCAGAGGUCCAAGUUUGGACUCUUUGGUACAUUUUUAAGAAAACUUGUUGUGUCUAUUUGCUGAAUUUUUCUUUCUUUUCUAUUUUCCUUCUUGCUGCUGUCACGUGAUGAUCAUUUAGAAGCACAGCUGACCGCUCUACCAUACACCCCCUGCCUUGCUACCACCUCUUCAUCCCAGAGAUCAUGGAGGAAGUCACCAAAGUUGCUGAAACCACAGUGGCCCAUCAACCUCGUCUGGAACGCCAGGUUCGCCAGCGGCAGCCUGCAGUUUCAGUCCUCAAAUCAAAGCUGAAGAAGAGUGCAACCUGCUCCGGGCCCCGGGUCAGAUCAACUCUGACUGGGUUCUUCCCUGUGGUGCGCUGGCUGCCCAAAUACAAGCUUCGAGAGUAUGUCUGGGGUGAUGUGAUGUCCGGGCUGAUCGUUGGUAUCAUCUUGGUACCCCAAGCCAUUGCGUAUUGCUUAUUGGCAGGUGUGGAGCCAAUUUAUGGUUUAUACACUUCAUUUUAUGCAAACAUCAUCUACUUUCUCAUGGGCACAUCCAGACAUGUCUCUGUUGGGAUCUUCAGCCUCAUGAGCCUUAUGGUGGGACAGGUAAUAUAUGACAUUACAUCAAAACAAUCACUAAAGUUUGAUACCAGUUGCACUUUCUUUCAGCACGUUUAUCCUCUUUGUGUUUUCUUGAACUGACUUGUAUGAGUUCUUGAUCAUUUCUUCUUGCCCUACAGGUGGUGGAUAAAGAGUUGUUUCUGGCUGGUUUCGAUCUUGAUGAAGACUCCAAAACCUCUGGUCCUGAUGUGUUUAAUUCCACAGUGGGCUCUAACCUAACAGCGGGUCAUCCUCACAGCGUGGAGCUCAUGGGCAUGCAGUGUGGGAAGGAAUGUUACGCCAUCGCCAUUGCUGCUGCCCUCACAUUCCUGGCUGGCAUCUACCAGGUAACGUAACAGUCGACUCUGAGCGUCCAAAAGCUCUAUUCAAGGUUUAUCUGAACUAAAGGUGUCCUUUGUGGUUUUUGUCCAUAAGUAUAGCUAAAGCCGAUGUUCUACACAGUGGACCCUUCAUUUUCUUUUCAAACUAGUCUUAUAAUAAAUGAGGUAGAUCUUGUUUUUUUACAUUUUAAGCUGUCAAACUUAAUUCCAAGUUGCAGUUGUAGUUCACAAAAAUAAUACUGUUAGGGAUGGACCUUUUACCAAGCUCAUGCACAGAAUAGCCUAAAGGUUAUCAAUAGGAGCAUCAAUAUUUGAUGUCAGGCAUUGUUGACCAAAUGGUGGAACUGAAAAAACAGUAAGUGGUCUCCAACCAUGUAGUUGAUGAUGUUGUGUUGAUAUGACUUACUUUGUCAAGAACCAUGGUUAUCACAAGAUUCCUCAUCCUAGAAUCAGCCAUGUUGUAAUUGUCAUGCCAACGUAUCGUGAACAUCAGAGUGACUUGUGACUUUGUGGUUUGCUAACUUGAGUAAAAUGUGUCCUCUAACUCCACUCCUUAUUCUCAACAGGUCCUGAUGGCCAUAUUCCGCCUCGGCUUUGUCUCUGUAUACCUCUCAGCUCCGAUGCUUGAUGGUUUUGCGACAGGAGCCUCUUUUACCAUCUUGACUGUACAGGCUAAAUACCUGUUGGGUCUAAAGAUACCUCGUCACCAGGGUUACGGAACAGUUGUUGUUACCUGGAUCAACAUCUUCACCAACAUUCAUAAGACUAACCUGUGUGACCUCAUUACCAGUGCUAUCUGUAUCUCUGUUUUAUGUAAGGGAACCUUCCAUAAUUGUUCCUCAUCAUGCUCAGUCACCUCUUUGUAGCGUUGAAGAACACUAAAAAAUUUUGUUUUGUUGUAGUGGCGGGGAAGGAAAUCCAGGAGCGCUACAAGAAUCGUCUGAAGAUCCCUCUGCCCACUGAGCUGGUCGUGGUGGCAGGAGCAACACUUGCCAGUCAUUUUGGAAACCUCAACAGCCGAUACAGCUCCAGUGUCUCUGGUCACAUCCCCACGGGGUUCAUUCCUCCCCAGGUGCCCAGCUUUGCCUUGAUGCCACAAGUGGCUCUGGAUGCAAUCCCUCUUGCUGUCAUCAGGUGAUACACACAACAUUCGGCACAAUGAUUGUGUCGAGUCUUGAUUUCAGAAAUUUGAUUGAUAGACUAAAAUAAACGUGUAGUCAAGGUCUUCACAUGUGUUUUGGUAAAGGUAAAGAUUAGCUCAGACUUUGUUUGUUGACUAAACAUGAGUUUCUUUUGCAGUUUUGCCUUCACAGUAUCCCUGUCUGAGAUGUUUGCAAAGAAAAACGGCUACACAGUACGUCCCAAUCAGGAGAUGCUGGCCAUCGGUUGCUGCAACAUCAUUCCCUCCUUCUUUCACUGUUUCACCACCAGUGCAGCACUGGCAAAAACUAUGGUGAAGGACUCAACAGGCUGCCAAACACAGGUAAAAGUCCUACACAACUUUAAUGCCAACUGCAAAUUUCUUGUAGUUGUAAGCAAGUUCUUAAAGAUCCCUGAGAUCUUUAGAGCAGCAGACCAAUCUUUGUUAACAUCAUCAAAAUUACUUUUAUCCUGUUACUCCUCAUUUCUUUUCCUCAGGUAUCCAGCCUGAUCAGCGCCCUGGUUGUCCUUCUUGUCCUCCUCAUCUUCGCACCGUUCUUCUACUCCCUCCAAAAGUGCGUUCUUGCCUGUAUCAUAAUUGUCAGCCUUCGGGGGGCGCUGAGGAAGUUCAAAGAUGUCCCAUCCAAGUGGCGGGCCAGUCAUAACGACGCCAUCGUUUGGAUGGUCACAAUGUCAGCCACAGCACUGAUCAGCGUGGAGAUGGGACUUCUUGUAGGAAUCGUUUUUUCAAUGAGCUGCAUCAUCUUUAAGACGCAGAACCCUAAGGUGAGUGAUCGAUCUAGUCUUGAUGGUGGAUUUUAAAACCUGAUAUGUGGGAGUAUAAUAAUUCUGGAAGGAAGCGAUGCAACUAAACAAUCCUUGUGUUUGAUUUCAGGUGUCUCUCCUCGGUCAGGCCAACAGCACUGAUCUUUAUGAGGACAUGGAUGAGUACAAGAACCUGUUGCCCCCACCUCGGGUUCAUGUCUUCCGCUUCCAAGCCCCUCUUUACUACGCGAACAAAGACUCAUUCCUUAAAUCCCUCUACAAAACGGUUGGAGUUGAACCUUUCCUGGAGAUGACGAGGAGAAAAAAGGCAGAAAAGAAGGCUAAAGAGGCGUCUUCUAAGCAGGCCAAGGCAAAUGGGGACGCAAGCAAUGGAGAGGUCAUUGUUGGACUCGUUCAGAGGGAGCUUGAUUUCCACACAAUAGUUUUAGACUGCUCUGCUAUUCCAUUCAUAGACUCUACAGGCAUGACCACGAUUAAAAUGCUGGUCAGAGAAUAUGAAGAUAUCGGGGUAAGAAUAGUCCUGGCAAACUGUAACACUUCAGUCAUUGACGACCUGCAGAAGGGACGGCUUUUUGGGAACAACGAUGAAGACAUGAGCAGUAUGCUGUUUCAUUCGGUUCAUGGUGCAGUGCUUCAUGCACAGAGUAAGUUUGCGCCUGCAGACAGCAGGACAGAUGACUCUGUAGUGUAGAGCUGCUGGGAGAUAAAAGUGAAAAUGAAGACCAUCCUAUUUCUGUGUUAACUGAAACGUGUACGAAGAAUUCGUGUUAUCAGUGUAGUCUUUCCAUCCAUCCGGACCUUUUUUAGAGGCUUUGCUCAAGAAACCAUGCUCACCAUGGGGGUACCAAAUGAUCAGUUUAGAUUGUUUGAAUCAUUACAUAAGCGAACAAGCAGACAAAGACCACCACAUGAUCGACCCCAUGGAGUCUGAGGAGCUGUGUCCCAAAAUCCUGUUUUUGUAUUUUUUAAAAAUAAAACUACAAUGUCACUAUCAAUACAAUUACUUUUUGAAAUGGUGCCUUAUGAUUGGAGAAAACUGAGAAAAUUUGGUGGAAUUUUUAUUGCUCAAAUGGGUUAUAUGCUAUGAUAUAAAUAUAAUAAUGAAUAUAGUGCCUUGGGGGUAUAAUCAAAGUAAUCCAAAUAAUCCAAAUGAGUUCAAUCCUCACAAAAAAGGUAAUUUUGUGGUCUCUUUUUCUUCAAAUCAUGGGCACUGACGUGGUUUAUGUUGUUACUAAAUCAAGUAGAGGUGUGUGCAUUUGUUCUCUGUUGCUCAGUAUGAAGUGUCUUUGCAGGUAACAGACACAGUGGUGCCGUUACUCCACCAGUCAAAGUGAUGCUGCAGUCUAAGACAGAGAGACAGACUGACACUGUGACACAUCAGGGCCACAUUUGUUGUACCUUUUAUAUCAUAUUUUCAUAGCCUGGCAGUUGAGAGCAUGUGGUGGAAUGAGACUGUGCCACUUUUGCUCGCUCAUGCCGGCUCCUUGCCCUAAAUAACUUCUUGGCUGGACACAGGAAGUAAACAAGGUAGAGAUAGACCCGGAAAAUUUCCUGUUUUUCCUUUGAUUUAAUGAGCUGAAGGAAAGAGGCAUGGCACACACCCAUAGUUUUCUGUUUUACAAAAAAAAAAACUGUGUUACAUUUAGUCACACAUAGAGUCACUGGCCAUCAGUGUCAGAAGACUAUUCAGAUUCAUACUCUAUUUAUCUAACCUCUGAUAAAAGGGGAGACAUUUAACCCAUGGGUCUACAUCUACAUACAUGUUCUGCUAGUGGUUACACCUGUUUUUUGUUUGUUUUGUUUUGUUUGUUUAGUCAAUUUUCAGGUUACCUAUUUUUAAGCUUUGUUUGUUUUUCAUGUUUCAUAUUAUUACUUAAGUUGUUGGUGGCUCUUAUCCAGGAAUUCAGUGUUCAUGAAUGAGGAAUAAAUGCCCUCCUUAGCCGCACAUCCUGAAGUGCCGGUGAUUCAGUCCCUAACAUUUUUUUGUAACAAGCCAGCAGAACUCUUCUUACCUGGGAGAAGAAACACGUAUUUCUGGAGGUAAAAGAAAUAUAACAAACAAGGACUGAGCUAUUUUUCAGACUCUUCUGUCGAGGCUGCCUUGACUUCAAACUAUCACAGACUCUUGGCAAAUGGGAACAAAAGGAUUUAAACUCUUGUGAGGUCUCCUCUCAGGAGCUGGGUGAAAUCAUCAUACGGUGCUCUGUAACGUAUAUUUUGUCUGGUGAUGCUGUAUGUUUUAUCUACUUUUGUCACUGCCACUGAUUUUUAAAGCUGUUUUGUUAAUUGCAGUGUGUAAGUUUAGUCUCUGUUAAUUAACAUUUUUUAUAUUGUCUUUGUCUUUUUUGUGUGUGCUAAGUAGAGUAUUUUAAUCAAAAUAAUCAUCUUUAGAAGGUAGAAGCUUACAUGGUCAUGUCAAGAAAUAAGUAUAGAUGUACACAUUUUUGUAAAUUUAAAAGAAAAAGGUAUUUUUAUACAAUAAUUUUGUCCUCAUGUUUUGCAUGUGUCAAUUUUAACCAAUGAUGAUGAUUAUGUCAAGUUUUACACAGGUCUGUCUGAAUUGCCUUACAGUUUAGUCCUUUAAUUAAACUGACGAGUCUUUGUUGAAGAAUGUGUGUCUGCAAAUACAUUGUUAAUAU